AUUAAGUUUUUUUCAAGACUAUAAUAGAGCAAAUAUUAAUUUCCUAAAAACUGUAGUUUAAUAUAUGUUCCAGAAAUAAGUAACCUUUACAUUCGCGUUUAUUUUGUAGCAAAGUUGAGCAUUGCAACCUUAAGAAACCUCCAAUUUUUAGAGGUGGAAAUCGGACGACGAAAUUGAAUUGAAACAUUUUUAGCGCAAAUCGUGAUUAUAUUACGACACUUAAAGCUAUUUUUAGAGGGAUCAACCACAAACCAAUAUUACGCGAAGAUGUCGCUUCCUAAUACCGAGUUUUCGGUAGGCAGCUCGAUGACUUUUUUCCUAAACUAUCAUAAUUUAUUAUAACUGCAAUAAUGAUCUGGAAGCACGACAGGAACGACACCAGAUGGAUUUUUCCUUUUCUCGCCAGUAAUAUGGAGAAAAUACUUUUAACGAUAAGCUACCGGGUAGUAAAUAAAAAACAUCCAUAACAGCACAUCGGGGAGCUGAAAUGAUCAGGAUAAGAACUAAUUUCCGAUUUUUAAUUCUUUUAAGACCGUUUUGCUGCUGCUUUUCCAUGCUACCAAAUGGGCGUUCGGGAGUUCUGGCCUGCGCUCAAGCCUCUCUUGUUCCAUUAAAGAUUUUCCAUGGGACCAGAUUUUUGCGAGUUUCGGCCGUGCCUGUCACAGCUUCGCCAGCCCUCGUAGCUUAGUGCGCCACUAAACUCCGACGCUAUAUUUAACGACAUUGCUGAACAGGGCGGCCAUUGAAAGCUACUUGUUAACUUUGCAAGUAUUCUCUACUGGGUAUUCUCUACUGGGAGAAGUGGCACUUUUGUGACGCUGCAGCAUCACACUCCUAAUCUGCAUUGAAGUAUUGAUCGGGAAGCAAAGAAAAACAAUCUCACCCUAAUUUAAUUCUGGCCAAAAACCGAAAUAAAGAAUGUUGAUCGGUGAAGUAACUCAAAGCAAUAGAAAAGUGGAGAAAAAGAACGUAGAGGAGCGAAUUGUUGUCGAAGGAAUGACGCUUUUUAAGAAGCAAAAGGAGGAAGCAAGAAGAAGGAAGGUGGCUGAGCAGCAAGAGAUGCGGGAGAUGAUGGAGCGUUAUUGGCCAUGGGAACGAGCGACAGAUGCCAAACCUCGAGGCUUAAGGAACUUAAGACUGGAGGAACUGUUUCCUAACAAAGACUAUCAGAGCGCGAAGCGAUUUGUAGGUACUCUGGAUCUGGGUCGGCCUGGCUGUGGAGCCCCAAACAUCCGUGACGGACAAAAGCUGAUAAAAACUAAGGAAGACCCCCAGCUGAGGUUUCAGUUGGGGAGCAAAGACCUUCGAAGAGCCGUAGAUAACUCUCUGAGGUACAAAACAAACAGGCAGGAACAAAUGGAAUAUAAAAACGCCCUGGAUAGACUGGUGGAAGAAAAAAAGCAGAAGCAAUUGAAGGAAAAACUGUUGGAAGCUGAAAACGAACAAAGAAAUGGGUGGUCAAGCGAGGAUACACUGAUGAAUUUGGAAAAGGCUGCUCUGGCGCAGAAACUCAAGGAUAAAAAGAACUACGAAAACUUCAAAAACACUAAAGUUGUUCCUCCCAACCGAGUCAUCAAAUUAGAUCCCAUAAUCUGUCCGACCAACUCCUCCAAGAAGUUCGUCCCUCCAAAUAAAUCCAGAAAACUCCCGCAAUUUUCAGGGAACAAGGAAAAUGGCGUGGAGUUGGUGGAACUGUUGGCCAAAGACCGUCGAACUCCCAUCAAAAUUCCUCUAUGCAGCACCGACGUCACAUUGCACAAAGACAGAGAAACUGGGAAAAGCUGCAUUCUUAGUCGUAAAGACUCAGCUUACUUGAAGGAGCUGACACAGCAAAUGGUCAAUAAGAGGCAACAAGUGCAGAAACUCAAGUCGGUGGAAGAGGAAACAUCCAGACGGCACUUUUCGACCUGGGAGUCGUUUUGGGGCAAACCAGGCCACGGUGCGCCUCGAUCGGCCGUCAAAAAGGGCUCCAUCGAACGGCUCUUGUAUCCUCAAAUGGUGCCCAUCGGUGUAGCUUAACUUGCCAAACAUUGUUCUCAUUGAUUCACUCUACUUAGGGAUUUAGAGUAACUGUAGAGCCAUUAGAGGUUCGUCCGGUUGAUAAAAUAUAUAGCAGCAAACAACA